GCUGUGUCUUGUGAGAGAUGCUCCUAAACCACGAGUAAGACGGAAAGACAGAAAUGCAGUGGUGACAACUUCUUCUUCUUUUCAGCUGUUGUUUAAAAGAAUACAAUGGAGGUUUUUGGCCUGAGGAGGACCCAGUCCUUGAAGAGUCUUUCUGGGAUUCAGGAAAAGUCGUGGGUCAAUGCAGUUUCCCCCAGCUGGAAGAGAAAGUCUGUCUCUCAACUGGUGCAACAUUACCAAAGCUGCUCUGACCUAAGGAGUCCUGAUAGGGCAGAGCAGAAUCUUGAGCUGUCGGAAAGCUGGGUGGAUGGCGGAUGGAGAAGAGGGGACAGCAGAGAGAAUGUGGUCCUCUGGGGCUCAGGAAGGCGCUCUAAUCUUUCCAGGAGUCGCUCCAUGGAGUUCCUUCCUCAGAAGGAGGCUACGGGCACCAAAGCUCUGUGCGCCCUGUUCGAGUCCAAAGCUACCUUGCAGCAGUGCUUCAGCAGCAGCCCUCGGCUGAACAUGGCAUCUGAAACUGACAGUGUCACAGUGAGAGACUACCCUCUGCAGGACAGGAGAAGUCAUAACACUUUUCUUAAGGACACAGCUACACAGAAAGCCACUCAAGUGGGUGGAAGAAGGGCUGUGAAUGGGCUUCCAGAGUUUCAUGACAGAGCACGCAGACACUUGCCUGAGGACAAAUACAGCUCUUCACUGACUAAAGGGGGCACCCCAACGAGACAAACCAGAGACAGAACAUCUACUUCCUUCUCAGUGAGAGACAGAUCAACUCUCUAUCUGUCAAGAACAGCAGCCACUGACACCACAGGAGGCCCAACACAACCAGAAUUCAUUGGUACACUAGGAAAAGGGGCUAAAAACAGUAAGAUGGCUGACCAGACCAGAAAAGUCACAGUUUUACAAUCAUCUCCUGAAGAAGAUGACUUGCCCUUCCCCCCACCUCCCCCAGUACCACCUAGACCUCUCAACUAUGAAGGGCCUUCAUCGUUAAGUAGCCUUCCCCUGCCUCCACCUAAAGAAACCUUCUCCACAUUCUACCAGCAACGGCAGAAAAAUGAGCUGAAGAGGCUCUUUAAACACAUCCACCCAGACUUACGGGCAAGUCUUGAUGACGCAGUGGAUGAUGAGAUCAUGAAGGCAGUGCAGUCAGAAAACACUCAGGCAGCAGAUGCAGCUUAUCAGGGGGAAGUGCAAUCCAUGAGGUGGAUCUUUGAGAACUGGACUCUGGACAGUAUUGGAGAUCCUCAUUCAACCAAAAAGCUGAUGGAUAAUGAGGAGUUAAAAGGUGGAGAUGUAAGAAGCACCUCCUCGAUGUUUGAACAUAUUGACAGCACCCAACUACAGUCUGCCAAAAGGCAGAUUUCUGUCAGGGGGGAUGUGAGAACAUCAAUGUGGUUGUUUGAGACCCAGCCCUUGGAUUCCUUAAAUAGAUCCGUAAAUGAAGAGGGUGAACUAGUUGAGGCAGUGCUGAAAGAACCUGUACAGCCUGGGGAUGUAAGAGGAACUCGUCUGCUUUUUGAGUCUAAAGCACUGAGUGACUUGGGGCGCUGCAACUCUAUUGAAGAUCAUAGUUUCCUGAAACUGAGGUCUGAGCUUCAGGAGCUGAAAGGUGAUGUCCAAAAGACCGUGAAACUGUUUCAGGCAGAACCUUGCUGUGCUAUCAGAGACAACAGUGGCAAUAUGCAUGAGAUUAAAUCCAUCUGCAGGGAGGAGAUCGACAGUAGUGGUGUUUGCACUGCCCGCUGGCUUUUUGAAACCCAGCCUUUGGACCUGAUCAGUAAGGGAACUGAUGUCGUGAAAAUAAUUCGGGGCAUAUCGCUAGAGGAGGGUCAACGAGGAGGUGUUGACCGGAAGAGGUGGAUGUUUGAAACUGAGUCAUUUGACAGAAUACCUGAGGUUGUAGGAGAGAACACAUUUGAAGGAGCCAUAGCUGAGUGCACAGGAGAGGUUGAUGUCAUCAACAAGAAGAAAUUCUUUGAAAUGAAACCACUGGCAGCAGGAAACAUGGCAGAAAAGUCUUUGGAAAAGGGAGACGUAAUUGGGGGAGAUGUCAAGACCUCCCUUUGGUUGUUUGAAACGCAGCCCAUGGAGACGCUUAGUGAUAGCUAUGAAGUCGGGAGCCUGAAGAAAAUUACCCUUUCAGCUGAAGAACAAGGUGAAGUAAAAGACAAAAAACAGUUAUUUGAAAGCUGCAGCAUUCAAAAGAGCACUUCAUUAAAAGAACAAGUGAUUGAAAAAGGUGACGUGAAGGGAUUCAAAGAACUUUUUGAAAAAAUUCCUUUGAGCAAAAUUGCUCCUUCUGGGGAGGAGAUUACCGAGAACGAAGAGUCUAUUGCAGUUGGAAAUGUAAAAGGUAACAGAGAAAUAUUUGAAACAACUCCAUUAUAUGCAAUAAAAGACAGCUCUGGAAACCUUCAUAAGAUUACAACAGUCAGCCGAGAGGAAUUCACUCAAGGGAAAGUCAAAAAGUAUAAGUGGAUGUUUGAGACGAAGCCGUUAGACCAACUGGUAGAAGGAAAAGGAAAUGUGGAAGUAAUCAAAGGCAUCACAAGACAGGAAGACAACACAGGUGAUGUCAAAAUGGCAAAGUGGCUUUUUGAAACACAGACAAUUGAUGGGAUUCAUUCAAAGUUCAAUCAGACAAAGCAAAACUCUUCUUUAGAGGAGAAGCCGCAUAAAGGUGAUGUGAAGACCUGUAAAUGGUUGUUUGAAACACAGCCAAUGGACAUUUUGUAUGACAAAUCCGAAAAAGCAAAGGAUAAAGAAGCCAUUGAAGAUACCAAUGUCAAGUCCAUUACAUGGCUUUUUGAGUCACAGCCUCUAGAUAGCAUCAAAGAUGAGGAAAAGUACAAUUUGAAGCUAUGCAGCACCAUACGAGAUUCAGUCCAAUCAGAGGUUGGUGUUCAAACUGUGAAACAUCUUUUUGAAACAGAGGCCUUGGACAGAAUAAGAAAGGAUACAAAUUCAGACCAAAAUCUGAGAUGUGUCAGCCAAGUGAACUUUCAGUCAGGGGAAGUUUCGCGAGUCAAAGAACUCUUUGAAUCCCAGUCUCUUGACGAAAUAGGAUCAGAAAUCAUGGCAGCAUCUGAUCAGCAGAACCAAGGAGAACAAAUCGAGAAAGGUUCUGUAAAUAAAUUUACUUGGAUGUUUGAGAACUGCCCCAUGAGCCAGAUCAACAAGGACAACAAUGACACAAAUACGCCAAGGGUUGAGAGUAUUGAAAGUGGUGAUGUCCAGAAGAAAAAGUUUAUAUUUGAAACAUCGUCACUGGAUAAAAUUCACGAUGAACCCGUUGAGCAGAAUUGGGUCAAUGUGGAGCAGCCUGUGAGCAAUAUAGACGUGAAGUCAAGCACUAUGAUGUUUGAGUCCCUGCCACUGUAUGCCAUCAGAGACAAAGAGGGCCAGUUUCAUGAAGUUACAACUCUAAAAAAGGAAGAGGUAAUGAGUGGUGACGUAAGAGGAGCAAGGUGGAUGUUUGAGACAAAACCACUCGAUGCCAUCAAGGCGGAGAAUGAAGUUUACGUCAUACGAGCUGUCACCCAGGAGGACGUCAAGAAAGGAGACGUUAAAUCAGCCAGGUGGAAAUUUGAGACACAACCUCUUGACUCCCUUACGAGUCGAGAUGAGCUCUCAGUCAGGGUGACUGAAGACUUUGGAAGCAGUAAUGUGCAGCUAAAUAAACAAUUAUUUGAAUCUGAGCAGCAGUGCAAGAAGUUUGUGAGAAUGGUUAGUGUCACUGAUGUGCAGCGUGGCGAUGUCAGGACCUCCACCUGGCUCUUUGAGAAUCAAACAAUUGACAGCCUGAAAGGGGAGCCUCAGGAGCAGGGUCCAGUAAAAGCAGUCCACAGGGAAGAUAGCCAGAAGGGAGAUGUGAAACGCUGCACCUGGCUCUUUGAAUCGCAGCCCCUGGACAAAAUUAAGGAGCCAGAAGAAACCACAGUGCAAAGUGCUAAAGAUAUCCCAAAAGCUGAUGUGAAGUGCACCACCUGGCUCUUUGAGACCACUCCACUAGACAAAAUCACCGCCAACAGUGUGGCUGAUACCCUUUCGUAUUUGAAUGAAAAUGCUUUUGUUCACUCAAGCGGCAUCAUAAUAGAGGCAGAUGGCAGCAGAAAUGUUAACAUGGCAAAAUACAUGUUUGAAAACAAAGAAGGGGUGCAGAUUGAGAAAGAGGAUGUUGUUGAGGGUAACAUCAGGAACAUCAUGCUACAGCUCUUGGUCAGACCGACUCUCAAACCACAAGUAACUCUUCUGAGAGAAACUGAAAAAGGUAAAGUUAACAUAACAGUAGUCGAGCUUCCAGUCUCCCAGGCGACCGGCACAGUCAACAUCGAACACGAUCAAAGACUACAAAACAUUGCCCAGGUAAUUGAUGACUUGCUCAUUCCACAAAAUAAUUUGAAAAAGGGAAUAAUAUUGCAAGAGACUGCAGCGGGACAAGCAGAGAUGUCCGUUUAUUCACUCAUCUGCAAUUACGAAAUCAAAACCGAGAGUCUGGUUACAGAGAGGGGAGAUGUCCAGUCUACAAUUGGAAAUUUGUUAGCUACUGCCAGUUGUCAGAGGAUAGCAGCGUCGUGCAGAGUGGACGAAACAGAGAAGGGAAAUGUGAAUUUGUACAAAAGCUGGAUUGAAAAGGGAGAUCUGCAUUAUCUCAAAAGUCUUCACACCGAGGCGUCUGAAGACGAAGCUGAUCAGAGCCUUCUGACUAAGGAACAGAUUGAAACAGUUCAGGGGGGUGUGAGGGAAGCAAAGAGAAGCCUCUAUCAGCAAAAAGAACAGGCAGAACGAACAAUUUCUGAUGUUUUACCAGGGGACGUAAAGAACACCAAAAAGGUUUUUUCAUCAGAGUGCUCUAUCAGUGUUGACAGCUGUGUACCAAAGGAGGAAAUUGUCCCUGGAGAUGUCAAGGCAACAAUGCAAUCAUUAGAACGUGCAAAGCAACAGAGUAUGUGUGUGGAGCGGGAGGUCAUUACACCUGGAACUAUUUAUGACAUGGACCUGUCAGCUCAAGGUCCUGAAAGCGAAGGAAACCAAGCACAAAAAGAAGUCAUUAUAUCUGGAGACGUAAAAGCAGCUAAAAGGUCUCUUGAAAUGGCAAAGCAGCAAAGCAUGCAAGUAGAGCGGGAAGUCAUCAUUCCUGGAAAAAUAUACAACCUGAAUAUGUCCGCACAAGAGGAAAGCUCAUCAACAGUGGCACAAUCAACAUGUUCGUCCUCCUCAAGAUGCCAGCAAAUCAGGACUUCUCCGAAGGUCAGUGAUACAGAGAAAGCUCAAGAAAGCCAUAUCUCCUUUGAGGCUUGUCAACAGAUUGCAGCUAUAGACAGUAAUAGUGCCCCAGAAUCACUGCCACCUUUUGUAAGUUGCGAGUUUAAUAGUCAGACAACUGAAGAUGAGACAGAACAAGUUAUCAGAGGAGAUGUGAAAGCAGCUAUUAGAGCUCUGCAGAGUGCAGCGACAGAGCAGAAGCUCCUAGAUAAGGAAAAUAUUAUAAGCGGUAAUGUGCAAUUGGCUCUCAAAUCUCUUGAGAAGUCUAGCGUAAAUGUAUCCAAAGGAGACUAUAAAGCUGCCAUGAUAUACAGAAAUUCAGGCAGGGCUUGUUCAGAGAGGAGCAAGACUGUUCACAAGCAGUGUGUUGUGGUGCCUGUGCCUCCAUCUGACGCAAAAUUAUCUCCUUCAAUUUCAGUAACCUGUGAAGGACAACCAUCUAUUACAACACAGAAUUCAGCUCCCAACCCCGUAGCAAAUGGAACCUCUAAAUCACCCCGCUCUGAAAGGCCAAGUCCACCUCCACUGCCUCAAAAGACUGAGAAACCACAGGAGCAGAAGCCAGCUUUACCACCAAAGCCACAAUGGAUAAAAUCUGUAGUUGUGGAAGAACCAAAUACAUCACCUAACAAAGUUUCCUGCCCUGUUAAAGAAAAUACAAAAAGUGUAGUAAUUCGUCCAAAACAAAGCCAGUCGUUUUGCUCUGUGGGUAGCCAAGAAACUACAACGCAUGGAAAACUCAGUAAACAAUGCUCACAUGAAACAUACCAACAACAAAAAUGUGUUAGUGAAGAAAUGCAAGUCGCAAAUCAAGCAAAUGUAUAUCUGCCAAUCAAGCCAAAGGCUCAGGAAAGCAGCAAGAAACAGGAAACAGCACAACUCACAGAGAGGAAAUCAGACUGCAAAAUGACCGUGUCAAACAGCAGUGAAGUGAAAACAGAGAAAAAUGUGAAACAGAAAAUCAAUGCAGCUGAGGAGAUACAGAUACGUAUGAGGGGUUAUGAAGAUGGUGAGCAUGAAAUCAACACGAGCUCGAAGGCAGCACUAAAUAACUUUGAAGGAAAGGACAGAGACACUUCCAAGAAGGCAGCAAUCACAGAUGAUAACGGUAGAGGUCAUAAAAAGACAGAAAAGACUUCUGUUCAAGAAUACAAAUCAAAUCUCAAACCUCAAGAAAAACAGCACGAGCCCGGACUGCAGACAUCAGUCACUAUGGGCCAUGUGCAGGAAAACAACCCGGACCAAAAGCAAUCAACUUUUGAGGAUAAAGUUGUUUUAAGAGAGAAGAAGGCAAGAGAGACAGAGGAUGAAAGACGACAAAGGCUCUCUGUACACAUGGAAGACAUCGUAAAAGGAAAUGUAAAGGCAGCCAUGGAAAUCUUUGAAAACUUUAGGAAAAGAGAGGAACUCAAGGGGAUCCUGUCUCAAGUGCAAGAAAUAGAGGGAGAGGCCAGCAGUGUAGAUGACACUUCACUGAAUACAUUAUACCAGAAUGUCCCUACUUGGAUGGGUACAUCAAGGAGAAACGCUAAGCAAAGUAAAAUGGAGGGAAAGAAAGUUGAAGCAGAAACCCAGGAUGAUGAUCUUGAAAGCAUCUCCUCAGUUGAGACGGCAUUUGAAGAUCUGGAAAAAGCAAGCAAGGAAAUAAUGAACCUGAAGGAACAGACUUUAGCAAAGCUGCUUGAAAUCGAAGAGACGAUUAAAAAGGCUCUGUACUCCGUGUCUAAUCUGAAAUCUGAGGCCGACAUUGCAGGGUUGUCGGGGCUGUUCGAUGAGUCUUUGAAAUCUGAGCAAAACUUUCAACCAGCCAACAACAUCAGGAAGAUAAGCAUUGUUUCAAGCAAGGCCAAAUCAGGUCAGACAAAAGAGACAAGCGAUGUAAAUCUCCAGACAGAUUUGGAUUCAAGUCUUUCCAAAGAGGAAGUGUCGAGAAAAGGGCACAAUAAGCCCCUUAUUAGACAGUCUUCCUCUCAGUCUUCACCAUCAUUCAUCUCCAUUCACUCAGCUGCCAGAAAACCAAGUGAUCAACCAAAGCCAACCAUGUCAACAUUUAAACCAAAAACUAAUAGCUGCUCUGACAGUUGUCAAAAUGUGAACAGCGAUCUGGAGUCCGCAGCUGCCGAGUCUUCAAAAAAUGGCCCACAGCGCAAGGUCAGUGUUCUUGAAGUGCAAACCGCAGAGCAACCCGCAGGAAUAAUUGGCACGAAGACUGUCAGUGAAACUUAUGAAGAGAGCGACGGCUUUGGCAAUGUAUUUGUUUCCUCCAGGACCUCAACAUUCGUCACCAAACAGUCUGACAGUAAAACAUCGGCUCUGUUUGAAAUUAGUCCAACCAGAUACGAAGUCAUGACAUCCCCACUGAUGCGAAGGUCCGGGCGCUUUUUUGAAGAUAAAGUGUCGAGGAGCACCAAGGACGACGGGACGGUAUUUGUAACAUUCGGCCCACCAAAGGAAACGCACUGAACGAGCCACUUAUUAGUGCGUUCCACGGUCCUUUAACUUUAGGAAAGCAGUUUUAUUUACGUGUGUUUUCAUCCCAUUUUUGUUUUAUUAGUGAAACUGUUUUGUUAGUCUUUAAACUGAACUCAUGAAAUCAUGAAAAUGUUACCUUUAAAAACUUUUUGUCUUAUAGAUUUUAUACUGUAACCACAUGAUAAAGUGUUAAGAUCUUUUAACAAGGCUAAACACAAAGUUAGCACUGUUUAUUCUUCUGUUUUAAACAACUGUCAAAUAAAUGACAGGUUAGAAGAUG